UACACCAUAUCCGUUGUAGCCACAUCUGAACACCUCUUCAGUGAUGCCACCACAUUUCAAAUCACACUAAUCCCAGCUCCAGGGCAGGUGUUGGUGUCAGUGAGCUCCAUAACAGCCACCUCCAUCUCCCUCUCCUGGAGUGUGUCCAGUGGGAGGGUGGCCAGUUGGGAGGUUGUCUGGAGACCCACUGACAGAGGCACUGAGAGCACCAGUGGUCCUCUGUCUGGCACUACCUACACCAUCCACUACUUGGACCCAUCCACUAUCUACACACUCACUGUAUCAGCCACUAACGUAGCUGGAAAACCACUGACAGCACUCCCAUACUUUUCUCCACUGCCUCUGAUGUUUACCAAGCAGAAAGCCACUGAGACUAUAAGACAGACAACGCAAUAGGAUAUCAUUGGUGGAGUGGUGGCUGGGGCACUUAUAGCUGCAGUGACGGUCAU